GCGCGGCCUCAGUGGCGCGGGAGCCAGUCCAUUCGAAUCCCCUCUUAGGGGAGGGCAGUGGUUUUCUAUUUUGGGAUGAGGGAAAGAUCAUAGAAACUGCCACUGGUUUUGGACCUAGACACUGAGUAUACAAAGCUUUAAGAGGCUCCGUGCUUUCCGUUCCCAAAUCUGUCUUCUGAGAAAGAUUUCCAGCCCAAUUUGAGUCCUAUCUCCCUUCUCGGCACGGACUGUGGGUUGUUCCAGGGGGUGGGGGCGGGGCGAGGUUGGCGGGAAGUUUAGAAGGCAUCCCCUUUCUCUCUCUCUCUCUUGUUCCCCCUGCUCCCUCCCUCCUGUGCCCACGUGGUACUCUGCCAUGCCGUGCUCUCAAGAGGCACAAGUCGUCUCCCCCAGCAAGCGGGCUCGGGCCACGGAGGCGGGCGAUAUGCGUCUCCGCUUUGCCCGGCUCUCGGAGCACGCCACAGCCCCCACCAAGGGGUCCGCGCGCGCCGCGGGCUACGACCUGUACAGUGCCUAUGAUUACACAUUACCACCGAUGGAGAAAGUGCUUGUGAAAACUGACAUUCAGAUAGCCCUUCCUUCUGGGUGCUAUGGAAGAGUGGCUCCUCGUUCUGGCUUGGCAGCAAAACACUUCAUAGAUGUAGGAGCUGGUGUCAUAGAUGAAGAUUAUAGAGGAAAUGUUGGUGUUGUCCUGUUUAAUUUUGGCAAAGAGAAGUUUGAAGUCAAAAAGGGUGAUCGAAUUGCACAGCUCAUUUGUGAACGGAUAUUUUACCCAGAAAUAGAGGAAGUUCAAGUUUUAGAUGACACUGAAAGGGGUUCAGGAGGCUUUGGUUCCACUGGAAGUAAUUAAAACUUCUGCCAAGAACAGGAAAUGAGAAUGUACUUUUUUCUUGAAAAUAAAGACUUUGCUUAAAGUGUU